AUGGAAUCUGGCACAAAUAUAGUAGAAAUCAACGACUCACCAGGGGUGGGAAACUUUUUGGAUUUGAGGAAUGGAAAUUUAAAAGAAGCCAGAGGAUUAGGCCCGCCAGAUUUGUUUUAUGUUGUAUGGGAAAUAAAGCAAACUGGGCUUAAAAAGUUUUUAUCAAGACCUAUGAAUAGAGGCUACUUUCACUUUAUAUAUGGAUUGAAUUUGAGCUCACCUAUUGGCGCCAUUGAAUACUUAAAAAGUUAUAUGCUAUCUAAGCAUAAAAAUAAAGGGAAGGUUGUGGUAGCUUAUUUUUGUAUUUUUGAUUUAUUUUCAAAAUUUGACUUCAGAAUAGAAAUUAAUCAGAAUUAUGAGUAUAAGCAUUAUCUAGUCAACGGGAGCAGCAAUAGAAUACAAGCUGGGAAUAUUCAUUGGCAAGGCAGUUACGUUAGUUCAACGCUAAGAUAUUUUUAUGCUGAGCCUAUUUUAGGAGCAAGGCUGUUGGAAGGUCCAUCUCAGCCUUCUCAAAUGCAGGAGUUCAUUGAUGCAGCUGCAACCUUUUGAGAUAGACUAGGAUUUGUAUUAGGAGAUUUGAAUGACAAAGCUCAAUAUGGUGAGAACCUCUUAUUUGCUAUGACCAGCAAAUUUCUGUUAAAGCGAAAAAGGUUUCUAACCCAUACAGCAAUUUUCAAAAAACUGUCAACUGUUGACCCACUUAUGCUGAAUUAUCUUGGAAAAGCUAAUAUACUAUUAGGGAAUAGUCAAGAAGCUAUUGAUUCUACAGCUAUGCAAUUGACUAUUUCACCUUACUCAUUUUCUUUAUAUUAUACACAAGCUUUAGCAUUUUAUCGGCAAAAUGAUUUUUUGCAAGCUAGAAGGAUUUGCCAGUAUUUGAUCGAGCUGAAUUUAGAAACUUUUUGUUUUUGGGAAUUAUUGGCAUGAUGCUACUUAAAAGAAAAAAAAUAUGCAAACGUUUUGCUGGCAUUAAAUUGCUUUCCUGCCUAUGAAUCUAUGAUUGAUGAUACAAAAUAUAUCUUCAGAGAAGAAGAUAUUGAUAUACCUAACAAAAUCCCUAUAAGCUUUGCAGGAAAUAUAUGAAUGAAGCCUACACAAUAUGAUUACCGACCUUUCCAAGAAAAAUCAAGAUCUAAAAGUGAUCAAGAAAUCCUUAAAACAUUGUGUUUCUUGCCUUCUACUAAAUUAAACCACUGUGGCAAAAAGAUGUACAAAAUCAUUGUGAACCUUGAAAAGUCUAUGGAAUGAGAAAACUUACAAAAAUUAAAGAAUAGACUGUUCAUCCAGAACCAAGAAGAGGCGAUUAACGAAGAAGAAAUUAGACUAGAAAUGAGCCAAGAAUUCAGUAUGAAUGAAAGCGUCAACCAAUCCACAAUAAAAAAACAUUUUUCCUUUUAUAACUCUGAAUCUAUUGCUGUAGAUUCUCAAGGACAGGAUAUUGAAGAAGUAAGAGAGCCAACACCUGAUAUAACGCCAAGGGAUUACUUUUUCUCAACACCUACAGAUCAUCGUCUAAGCCAUUUAAUGCAUCCUUCAUUCAGAAAUUUAUCGAAAAAUCUAGAUGGACUUUUUAAAUGCUUGAUUGCAGAUUUAAAAACUGUGUAUGAGUGGCAGAAACAAGCUACUGAAAUUGAUAUACAACAAGAUGCGAAUAAAAGUAAAAUAUAUUUACUCCACCCCCCUCCGUGAGUGAACAAAAAAAAUUUUUUGUUCACUCACGGAGGGGGUUUAAUUUAUUGUUUUUUAAAAAAUUUAUAUAUAAAUUUUAUAAAAAAUAUUUUUUUUUCGAAAUUUAAAAAAUCUAAUUCGCAAAAAUUGGAAAGCAAAUAUUAAUUUAAUUUAUAAAAUUUAUGUUUUAAAAAGCAAUUCGUUUAAAAUUAAACAGAAUUAGCUCUAGAUUUCAUUAUACUAAUUAUCAUUUAUCAAAUUUUUUUUCCAUAAAAAAUUUUUCUAUUAAAAAAUUUUUGUUCACUCACGGAGGGGUGGGUUUUUUUGGCAAAAAAUAGGGAUUUUUCUAAUAGUUUUGUUCACUCACGGAGGGGGGGAGUUAGAAACAAAAGUGCCUUAUGGAGGCGAAAUUUGGGUCAGAAGAGGAGCAUUGGCAGAAAGAUUAAGAAGGCCAAAAUUAGCAGAAAGGGCUUAUAGAUAUGCAGUGGACUCAGGAUUUUCCAUUUUUGGAUGAUAUAGACUAAUGAAAAUUUAUAUCCGCUCAGGAAAUCCUAAAGCAGUGCUCAUAUGUAUAAUAGAAGUGUUAAAACAGCUAAAUGCCAAUGAAUAUGAAGUAGACAUGAAAACUUUACCUCCUUGGCUAGAAGUAGUGUUGGCUGAAAUGUGUAGUGAGUGCGGGUUUAAACAGCUACAUUCUCUAGCUGUUGAGCUAAAUUCACAUAAAUACCCUUGUUUAAUGGCUUCAAUUGAAGGCUUGAGAUUAUGGAAAACUGAUGGAGCUGUUCAUAGAGUUUAA